GUACUUUCGUUUUCUCAGUAUUGAAACACUUCACUUGGUUGCUCGGCUCUCUUUCACUUCAUUGUUGCACAUCUGCAGACAUUCCCUUCUCUGAUCAAGAAUGUCAAUUUUUGGUACAUAUUCCAUAUCCUCGGACACCAAAUCCAGCACCACACCUACAAUACCCAGUUUUGGUUUAGCAACAUCUUCAGGAACCAAAUCCACCGCAGCUGCAGUACCCACGUUUGCUUCUUUUGCCACAUCUUCAGAAACCAGCAGCACACCUGCAAAAGCCAGUUUUGCUUUAGCCGCAUCUUCAGGCACCAAAUCUGAUCGCAAUAAGCCUAAAAAAGUGGCAGUACCGCAAUUCUCUCUUGGAGCAGAAUUUCCACUCUUGCUGGAAAAUGAGUGGAGAAAUAUGAAGUGGAGUGAGGAAGUGAGAGAGACACUGAUGGAGUCUGUCAGGUCAUUUAAACCCGCCAGUGAGACUGUUACCGAGGCCAGAGUUCUGCUGAUCGGUCCGGUCGGUGCUGGCAAGUCCAGCUUCAUCAGCUCUGUCCAGUCCAUCUUCUCUGGACGAGUCAUCAACAGGGCCAUGGUGGGCUCUUCAUCCUCCACCAGCUUCACUAAAAAGCUUCGCUCUUACAACAUCAGAGGAGCAGGAGAGAAAGCGGACGAGCCCACAGCUCUGGUCUUGUGUGACGUGAUGGGUGUUGGUGAAGGAGAAAGCACUGGACUCUCUCUUCAUGAUGCACUGUCUGUCAUUAAAGGACACGCCCCAGAGGGACACCAGUUUAGUCCUGAGCAGCCGAUUGGAGCAGAGACUGUGGGCUUCAUAAGGAAACCGAGCACUAAUGAUAGAGUGCACUGUGUGGUGUUUGUGAUAGACGGCUCGAGUGUCGGUUCAUGCGCCAAAAGCUUUGGCGCAACCUUCCAGCAGUUAAGAGAGCACAUCAGCAACUUAGGUGUACACCAGGUGGCGUUACUGACCCAUGUGGACCAGGUGUGUACCGCGACCAGAAGUGACAUCACCAAGGUUUACAAGAGCCAGGCUGUUCAGCAGGCGAUGGUGAAGGCCGGAGAGCUGCUGGGUAUGGCCACAUCCUACAUAGUCCCGGUGAAGAACUACUGCUCAGAGCUGGAUCUGGAUGAAAACACUGAUAUUCUCCUGCUCAACGCCGUUGAUCAUAUCUUACAAUAUGUGAAUCUGUACUUUCAAGACAACAGCGAUUAAAGCAUUACAGUAAGAAUUUGACAGAUGCCCCAAAAAGGAGUUCAUCCCAGUUUUGUCCCAUUGAAAUGUUGAUGCCAAAGCUUGUCAUUUUUUGCUAAAAUAUUGUAGUGAUUUGAAUUUUUAUAAAACAGAUUUGACUUUUUAUAACAGUAUUUGUGAUGUUGAACUCUC